AUGGUGUCUCCCCUGCCAGGAAAGAAGAAGUCUAAGUUUAAAUCUAUCAAAAAGUUUUUUGGGAAAAGAAAAAGGAAAGAGACAUUAUCGUCUUCAGGAAGUGUUAUUCUGAAAACAUGCCAGUCUGCAAGUGAUGUCACAGCCUCGCAAACCAUGCAUAUAGAUUCUGAUUCUGAAGAUGACCUUGAGAUGCACAGAAGUGUAAUGGGAAACAGAGCCUUGUCGCAUGACAGCAUUUUCAUUCCUGAGGCUUCACAAGAACCUGCUACGCCAGUUCGAGUAUUUUCUCAGGAAAAUGUUUCUGAUCGGAUUAGGGCUUUGCAGUUGAAACUCCAACAGAAUUGCAAAUUAGUUCCCUUAUCUCCAUUUGGAUCUCCUUCAAAGAGAAUGGAUGAUGCUGGGAUGAGUUCAGAAGAUGAUGGGUUACCCAGAAGUCCACCAGAAACAUCUUUGCUACAGGAAAUUCUAAAUUCCAGCACAGCAAAGUUCUCUGACUCUCACAAACAUCUUAGUUCUUUGAGUUUAGCUGGAACAGGCAGCGAAGAAGAAGAACAGGUCACUUCAAGUCCUUUGAGAUCCUGUUCUACAGAAAGCCAGCUAUUCCCCAGACAGUCAAGCACUAAAAUUAUAACUCCGCAAACAUCUGAUUGCAGUCUCUCACCUCCUGCUGAUUUCGAUAUACCACCUGAGUCCUCUUCUUGCUUGGAUAAUUCAGCUGCUAAGCACAAGCUUUUAGUAAAACCACGGAACCAGAGAUCUAGUAGAACAAGGAGACAAUUUUCGAGGAACCUGUCAAACUCUCAGAACAAUUUGAGCUGCACUCCUGAGGAAGAUGAAAGUGACAGGAAAGAGAUGCUGGUUGAAUUGAUCUAUGAAGGUGAUGGGUCCAGCCGUUGGGAACUGACAAAAGGUGCGGCUCCAUCACAUGCAGUAUGCUCCCAGCAACCUGAAAUGUCAAACGGCCUUCAACAUAACUUGAGUAGCCAAGAUGAAAAGGUUUGCAUGUUGCCUUCCACUUCUGAGCCGGACUCACUUCCUUGUGAAAAUAAACCAGUGGACUGCCAAACUAUGCAAGGAAUAUCUUGCAGUGUAUCAUUGUCAUCGCCUUCUGACCCUAAAGAAGAUAUAACCAGCAUAUAUCUUAGUCCAGACCAAGAAAAAAAGCCCUCCAAAAUGCCGAAUAUAUCCCCAGGGAAUUUAAGUGGCAUGUCAUUAAGUAUUUCAAACCAAGAAAAUAGAUGUAUUUGUGAUAUGCCAUCAAGAAAUGACAGGCUGUCUGAUAAGAAGGUCUCAGCCAAAACUGAAGUGAUCCCUGCAUUAGAGGGAACAGAAAGAAAUGUCCUGAAGGAUGCUAAGGCACUAUUGGAAGACAUUUAUAACAAAGGGAUUAUAAAGGGAUCUCCUUCGUUGCCUAGUUCUGUCAAUCUUUUACCAAAAGAUUCUUUCCAGCACACAGAUUUACCUGACCCUGAAAAUAGCAGUAUUUCUCAAACCUCAGGUACAGCCCCAUCAUUACACACAGCCACUGCUUGUUGCUUGACACUAGACAAAAAGAAGCCAACUCCGGAGCAAUCUGGAUCAGAUAAAGAAAAUCAUCACCCAUCAGUACCCGGUUUGUUCUUAUUGGGAGGGAAAACAAAGAAAGAAGCCAGUGACCCCUGUGCCGUGAGAAAAUUUUCUGUGUCCUCAGCUAGAGGGAGGUCGAGGACUAGCAGCUUGAACAUGAAGGAAACUCUAGAGUGUGAGAAUCCAUUAGCUGUGCAGGUCUUGCAGACUCAAAUUAAAAACUCCUCAAGAAAUGACAAGGUAAAGGAGGAUGUAGAGGUAAAAGCUUUUCAAGAGAGAGAAAACGGCAUUAACAAACAGAUACCCCCAUCAGAACCAGAAAUUGCUAGUAGAGCCUUAGACAAAGUGGUGGCUGUCUCAUUGCCCCAGGCGAUGGGUUCAAAACCAACUCUAAAUACCUCUUCCUGUGGCGUGCCACAGCAAUCAAGUGCUGGCCAGUCAAGCUGUGAAGACAAAAAUCCCUUUCAAGUCAAACUUAGGUCCACAUCUUUUUCACUGAAAUAUAGAGACAACGUCUCACCAGACUCAAAAGAGACACAAAGACACAGUGCAGAGUUUAAUUUAGAAAAAGAGGGGCUGCCUUUGUCUUCACUAAAAGGUGAAAAAGCAGCGUCCAGAAAAACAACUGAUGUAAAUAUCAAUAACUUUGUAAACGAAAGCCUCAAAAUUAAACCCAAGUCCUCUGAACAGGGCGUCACAAAACCUCCAUUGCCAAGGAAGCCUGUUUUGCAACACUUCACUAUUCCUGGCACUAGCACAAGCAUGGAAAAGCAGGAAAAGAUAACCAAAUAUUCUGAAUUUAAAAAUGAAGACAAAGAUUUGGAGAAGAAACCGAGUCCUUCUGAAGUGCCUGAGAAAAGUGUGCCUUCUCCUGCGGUAGACACUCCAAGAGCAAUUGAAAGUCAGACAAUGCCAGCCUGGAUUACCAUAGCAAAACAAAAGCAGAGGCUCAUGGAGCAGGAGCUUAGCAAAGAAGAAAAAACCGUGGCUAAGGAUAAAGCAGAUGCAGAAAAACAUAUAAAAGAAAAGGAGAGAAUGGAGGAACCAGUGAGGCAACAGACAGAUUUCACCCGGAACACAUCCUCAUUUUUCCCACCCACAGUUUUUUCUGACGAACAGAAGAAAGAGAUAAAGUUGGAUAUGCAAGAACCUUUGCCAAGAGCCAGCUUGUUAUCGCAUCAUAGUCCUGUUCAGUCUUCAGUGCCGAUUGAAAAAGAAGAUAUAAAGCCACAGAAGAAGGUCAGGCAUUCUUCUCCAGAUAAGCCCUCGUGGAUGGAACUUGCCAAAAAGAAAUCUCAAGCUUGGAGUGACAUGCCUCAGAAGAUAAAAUAGAGCAAGCACUUUGUACUGGUUGCAGUUACUAUUAAAGAAAAAUGAUCAGGCUUUGUUAA